AAUGUACGUUGAUAUAUAUGGGAACAGAUCCUCGUUGUUGAAGAGCCUCAGCGCUAUGAAAUCCACAAUGAAGGGUGGAAGACGAAGCUGAAGAUCAACAACCUGACAGAUGAAGACUCUGGCUCCUAUUACUGUGGAGCCGUGUACCGCAUCGGCACCUCAAUGAGCCAUGUGGAGCUCAAGAUUAUCAGCUUCAUUGAGCCCCUGAAACCCUUCUUAACCAUCCUGGCUGAAGUUAUCGUACUGGUCACUGCCAUUCUGCUCUACGAGAAAAUUCAUUCCAGGAAGAACACAGAAGAGGAAAAUCUGCCGAACGGCGACCAAAAGAACGAGCUGCCUCAGGGAGAAGCUAAGGAGCUGGAGGGUAAUACGUCCACGAGGCAGCGCAAAGUUUAAAGACUGCAGCCAGCUUUAAAACUCAUUUUUAAAAGUGAACGCUAGCAACAUUUAUACGGUUAUUGUGACAUCUGUUAUAACUGCAUCACUUUGUUUCAACACAGAGUGCAACAGCUUCCAGCUAAUCAACACUCGAAUUUGCAACACAAGUUUCCUGUUGACUUCCUGUGCAGAAACCCAGACACGCUUUACUUGACACAUCACGUAAUCUUUGUCCCCUCUGCAUUCUCAUAACAGAAGUGACUUUCUCUUCUUGUUGGCAACACCGUAAACUUCAAAUGACUUUUACCCGUUUUUCUUCUCUGUGGUUUGUAGCAGUGCCUUACACUCUUUGACUAACCUUUCACUGUGCUUCCAAUGACUUUUGUCCUUGCAGUAAUCUAUCUACAGUACUUGAAUAACAUGUAAAUCAAAAUAUAUCUUCACAUAUUCGUCAUAUUUGUGCAUCUGUUUUGCGUUUACGUGUAGGAGAAUAGUCACAGAGUCAUAGUUUCUUCCCUGCACCGUAUGCAAACAAGCCGAUUAAAAACCACACAAACCAC